CAAUAAACCCUAACCUCAAUCAACGCUUCCCUCGUACGGCCAUCAGAUUUCCCUUUCUUUGAUGAUUAUUAUUUUUUUAAGAGAAAUUUCACGUACCAAUAUUCAAACGAACGGAGAGGUCGCAAUUAAGUUGGAAAACGUGAAGACAAAGCAUCCUCAAUUGCUGUAUGAAUCAAAAUUAUAUAAGAGCUACAGGGAGGAAGUACUUUUUCCUUGGAAUGGAUUCUAAGAAGCAAAGGAUUAGUAUUUUCAAUAAUCUGAUUGUUUUCCUGAUUCAAUUAAUUUUGCGUCAUACUGUCUCAAUCUUUGGCAGCUGGAAUUGCAAAUGUUAAAUGGUUUGGUAUUGAAGGGGUCUACGAAUGUCCUUGUUAUAGAUUUACUGGGGUCUAGCCUCAAGGAUUUAUUCAACUUCUGCAGUAGGAAAUUGUCACUGAGGACUGUUCUUAAGCUUGCAGACCAGAUGGUGGGAUUUUUCUCAUUGCUCAUAUUUCUGAUAUUAUACAAAUUAUGGUUUCAUUUUUUUUUUUUCCCUGAAAUCAUGUAUUCGCUAUCAGUUAAAUAGGAUUGAAUUUGUUCAUUCCAAGUUAUUUCUACAUCGAGAUAUCACACCAGACAACUUUCUGAUGGGCUUAGGAAGGCGUGCGAAUGGGGUAUCCUUUUUUGUUUUUGAAACAUGUUAUUUGUUUCUAUUCCUUGGCACUUUCUCUUUUUUUUUUUGAUUCGUCAGUUGUUUUUACUUCAAUAUAUGUCUUCAUCAUUGAUUUUGGUCUGGCUAAGAAGUAUAGAGAUACCACAACAGCAUAUUCCUUAUAGGUCAAUCUUUUGGAAUAAUUUAUCGUUGUCCACAGAUGUAAUGGUAAUUUUAUUAUUAUUGUUUCGUUGUCCUUUUUCUCUAAUCUUCUCUUGCUACCUCUAAUAGCUUCUAGAUUAAGUGUUUCUUAUAUAUUUUGAUCUUUAUCUUAAAUCUGUCUCACCCUUGAUAUUUUAAUUACAGAGAAAAUAAGAAUUUAACUGGAAC